AUGGGCGCGUACUGCAAUGCAGUCCGACGCCUGGAGGACAAAUUCAACAGCCUCGAGCUUAACCACGUGUUAAGAAAAUACAAUGAGGCCGCCGACACGCUCGCUAAAAUGGCAUUCGAGCGGGUCACGGUCCCUCCGGAUGUCUUUGUCAGCGACCUCUACAAACCUUCCGUCGACUACAAAGAUGACGGGGGAUCGGAUCCACCCCCAGUUAACCCGGGUCUUGACCCCGAAUCCACCGCGGCUCUUGAGCUAGAGGCCAUGGACAUUGAGUCCGAGCCUCCCGCGCCCGACAACUUGCCGGACUGGCGCUACCCGCUGCUGCAGCGCCUUGUCGACGACACCUUGCCCAUAGACCAAGCUGAGGCACGGCGUGUAGCUCAUCGCGCCAAGACUUUCUUACUUCUCGACGGAGAGAUGUACAAGCGCUGCCCCUCGGGCAUUCUUAUGCGCUGCAUCACCCACCAGGAAGGAGUCAAGCUCCUUGACGACAUACACUCGAGGGCUUGCGGCCACCAUGCUGUGCCUCGGACACUAGUAGGAAACGCCUUCCAACAAGGUUUCUACUGGCCUACUACUGUGGCCGAUGCCACACAGAUCGUAAGGACCUGUGAGGGAUGCCAGUUUUAUGCUCGGCAGAUUCACCUCCCUACUCAGGCUCUACAAACGAUCCCCAUCACUUGGCCCUUUGCUGUCUAG